ACUUUCGGCAUUCAAAACUUGUCACGCAAUUCCCGCGCACAAACUAGGUUACCGUGUUUUGAUCGCAAACAAAUUUAAAUAAACUUUCCUGCGUGAUGGAAGGUAGUGAAUUAGAUUCGGAAAACCAGCCUGGAACAAGUGCUGAGGCUGAUUUGUAUCUGAAUGGUUCGCGCAACGGUAGGGCCGAAGAGUUUGAGGACGAUGAGGAGGAAGUCCAAAUGUCCUCGCAAGAGGUUUUGGAAGCUCUUCAACGUGCCUGGAUAAAUGAGAAGUUUGCCCCGGAUGUGCUACCCUAUGAAGAGGCGCUGGUGGAAAUGGUCAUGAUACAGCUGGUGCACAUGGAGGAAAAUCUAGCAACGGCAAACAAGAACGAUCUGCUCUACAUCGUACACCGGAUGGAGGUGGAACGCAUCAGAUUCAUAGUGGCUAGCUAUCUGCGGUGUAGAUUACAAAAGCUGGAAACAUACGCGUCUCACGUCCUUGAAGUGGAGUCUAGCAGACCGCGCAAUUUAAAAAGACUGUCGGAAGCAGAGCAGAAGUUUACGCGCGACUUUCACGAUAGUGUCGAAACUCAUUUCCACGAGCUGGUCACUCGUCACAUGCCACAAAACCAUCAAGAUGAUGAACGAGCGCGCCGCGUAGUACCGAAUAUGAACACACACGUUUUUGCUCGAGCGAGACAGGACGUCGGGGAAUAUUCAUUGGCUGGUGGAGAACACUCGGUCAACAUUCGUUACCGGUGCGGUACAUUUGUUCCGAUACCGCGAUAUUGAGCCACUGGUUAUAGAAGGGCAGCUAGAACUAAUCUGAUGCACGCCCCGAUGCACGUAUUAUGUAUGUUUUCAAAUUUGAAAGGCAAGCAAAAGCUUGUUUGUGUUGCACAAUCUUGUUACUAUGGUUACGUUAGGGUCCGCUACGCUGUAGCGAAGGAAACCAACUUUCGUCCUUCCACAUUAAAGGAAACACACGCGCAGAUAUGAAGCAAAUUGAUAUUGGUGACCUAAACCUUCAUAUUUACGAACUAAAAUAAAGUAAAGUGGCAGUAGUAGUGCAUAGUCGACAACGCAAAAAA